AUGGGUAUCGAAAACAUUCCCAACGACCAUGACAAGGUGAUGGGUCCCGACAGUGAAAAGGCCGAUCUGGCUCCUCCACCGCCGUUCGAAGGUACCAUGGUGGGGGAGAUGACCGACGCUGAGCGCAACGUCUACGACCACGGUAUCCAGAAGUUCAACCGUCUCGGAUGGAAACGACUCUAUAUUGUCCUCAUUGUGGAGGCUAUUGCCCUCGGAAGUCUGUCGAUUCCUUCCACCUUCGCAACAUUGGGAAUGGUGGCGGGUGUGAUCUGUUGCGUGGGCAUCGGUCUGAUCGCCAUCUACACCAGUUACAUCGUCGGAAUGGUCAAGCUCGCCUUCCCCGAGGUCGCCAACUAUGCCGAUGCGGGUCGCCUGAUGGGCCGUCGCUUGCACUGUGGCCGUUUUGGAUAUGAACUGGUCAAUGCCAUGCUCGGCCUUCAGCUCAUCUUCCUCACAGCUUCACACUGUCUAACUGGAACGAUUGCAUUUUUGGAUAUCACGAAGAGUGAUGUCUGCUCGAUCGUCUUCGCUGUCGUAUCAGCCAUCAUCCUGCUUUUGCUUGCGAUUCCUCCUAGUUUCACCGAGGUCGCUAUUCUCGGUUACGUCGAUUUUGCCUCUAUCGUGAUUGCCAUCGGUAUCACCAUCAUUGGAACCGGCGUGAGGAGCACCGAUGCGCCCGGAGGACUUGCUGCUGUGGAAUGGUCUGCGUGGCCCAAGGAUGGCCUGACCUUCACCGAGGCAUUUAUCGCCGUGACCAACAUCGUUUUCGCCUACAGCUUUGCUAUGUGCCAAUUUUCUUUCAUGGAUGAGAUGCAUACCCCGCGUGACUUUGUCAAGUCUAUCUGGGCCCUCGGUAUCACUGAAAUUGUCAUCUACACUGUGACUGGAGCUCUUAUUUACGCCUUUGUUGGCCAAGAUGUGUCAAGCCCUGCGCUUACAUCCGCGGGCGCAACACUUAGCCGCGUGGCAUACGGUAUUGCCCUACCUGUUAUCUUUAUCAGUGGCUCUAUCAACACAGUCGUGUUUGGUCGUCUCAUCCAUGGUCGCAUCUUCGCCAACUCUCCCAUUCGCUUUAUCAAUACCAAAAUGGGAUGGAUUACCUGGUUAGCUGUGAUCACUGCUGCCACUAUCGUCGCUUUCAUCAUUGCUGAAGUGAUUCCUUUCUUCAACGACUUGCUUUCAAUCUCUUCCUCUCUCUUUAUUUCUGGGUUUACCUUCUACUUCCCUGCAAUGAUGUGGUUCAUGCUCCUCCGUGAGGGCAACUGGAAGGAACCCAAGAACCUGGCCUUGAUCUUCGUCAAUGGAUUGAUCUUUGUGAUCGGCAUGGUGAUCCUUGUCGGCGGUACCUACGCCAGUGUUGAUGAUAUUAUGAUCAAAUACGCAAACGGAGAGGUCGGCGGUGUAUUCUCCUGCGCGGCCCCUGAGUAA